AGUUGCUCAUAUGGGCCUUGCAGCGGCGCGCGAGAGCAUGAGUAGACGAGAGGGUGCCCGCGCACGCGCUAUUAUUGUUUUGACUGAAAAUGCCGUCGGUUUCGAAAACGGCGGCGAGCGCUUCUCCUCAAACCGAGAAACCAACCCACUAUACAUAUUUGAAGGAGUUCAGGACCGAGCAGUGCCCACUGUUUUUGCAGCACAAAUGCACUCAGCAUAGACCCUUUACGUGUUUCCACUGGCAUUUUCUAAAUCAGCGAAGACGGAGACCCAUACGAAGAAGAGAGGGGACUUUUAAUUAUAGCCCAGAUGUAUAUUGCACGAAGUAUGAUGAAACAACAGGAAUAUGUCCCGAUGGAGACGAUUGCCCUUACUUACACCGGACCACCGGUGACACAGAGCGCAAGUACCAUUUACGCUACUACAAGACCGGCACCUGCAUCCAUGAGACAGAUGCUCGUGGACAUUGUGUGAAGAACGGCCUCCACUGCGCCUUCGCUCAUGGACCACACGACCUUCGCCCACCAGUUUAUGAUAUCAGAGAGAUCCAGGCACAGGAAGCUCUACAGAACGGCCAGUUGGGAUCUGGGGAGGGAAUUCCUGACCUACAGCCGGGUGUGCUGGCCAGCCAGGCCAUGAUUGAGAAGACCUUGAAUGAAGACCCACGCUGGCAAGACACCAAUUUUGUUUUGGCCAACUAUAAAACCGAGCAGUGCACCAAGCCUCCACGUCUAUGCAGGCAGGGCUAUGCCUGUCCCCACUAUCACAACAGCAGAGAUAGGAGAAGAAAUCCCAGAAAGUUCAAAUACAGGUCGACGCCCUGCCCGAGUGUAAAGCAUGGCGAUGAAUGGGGCGAACCCUCCAAGUGUGAGAGUGGGGACAGCUGUCAGUACUGCCACUCUCGCACCGAACAGCAGUUCCACCCAGAGAUUUACAAAUCUACAAAAUGCAACGACAUGAGGCAAACUGGAUACUGUCCAAGGGGUCCAUUCUGUGCUUUUGCACAUGUGGAAAGAAUUCCUUCCACAGAGGAGACUAUGAGCACGCUGCUCACAGCAAUGCAGUCGGGUUCUCAGUCCAAGCUGGGCUCUCUGCAAUAUCCAGAGUGUCCAGUCAGCGAGUGGAGCAGCAACAUGAAUUCCAUCACCAGCAGUGCCAGUAACAACGGCCAGACAGGAAACGUAUCAUGCUCUAAUAGUCCAACUGUAACACCAGGCUCAGGAAGUUCUUUGUCCCCAAUUGGACCCAUCAGCAGGCCAAAAUGCUUUAGUAAUGGUAGCUUUUGUUCAGAGUCCACCACAUCCAGUGUUUCCUCUCCAACGUCUAACUAUCCCAGAGCUCCGGGUUUUGAACGGGAGGAUCAGGCAAAGAACCAGAAGAGCCAGUUUGGGGAAAAUAAUCAAAAGUUAAUGGACCAAGAUAAACAGGCUCAUAGUAAUGUGUUCUCAGUGGUGAACCCUUUAGCGUCCAGCAUAACAUCAAGCAUCACGUCCAGCUUGGCCUCAAGUAUCGGAUCUGACAGUUCGUCACCCACCACUUUAUCAACCAUGAAUGCAAAAGCCACGCCUUUCUAUCCAGGCAGCAAUACUGUGGAGUCAGUAAUAGGAUCUGCACUUGACCUGAAUUUUAGUGACAUCAAUGUUGCCUCCCUUGACAAAGAGCUAGAGGACCAAGACAACAAUGGCCUUGGCUUAACAAGUCAGAGGUUAUUAGGAGGCUCUGCUCCUGUCAAUAUUCCUGGCUCUCUGGCGCGGUCUUCCUCUGUGCAUUCCUCAUCGUCUCUAUCUGCGUCCCCACUCAGCUCUCUGUCUCAAUCCUUGUCCCAGUCUCUCCUCACUGGAAUGGCCUCCCAGCAGAGCCAGUCACAGGCACCACCUAAUAAAACCGAGCACGGCCUUCUGGGAACACCCACAUCUACACAGAACUCCUUAGGUCUGAAUGGCGGAGCAGGGGGAAUAUGGGACUUUAUGAGUGGCAGCUUCUCUCCCAGCCCGUCUCCAGUGUUCAGCAGCCUUACUUCCAGCACGGUCGGCUCCAGCAGUGCAGACAUCGGCCGGCUCCUCCGAGAACUGGAUGAAGCCAAGCGUAAGAUAAAGCAAUGGGAGGAGGCCUGGCACCAAGUCAAACAGGCCUGUGAAGCAUGGCAGAAAGAUGCUCACGAAGCGAAGGAGCAAGCUAAAUCGGCAGAGGCGGAGCGGCAGCUGGCGGAGCAGAAGCGGGAGGACACCGAGCGCAAGCUGAAGGAACUGCAGGUAGACUUUGAAAUUUUGUGUCGCUCCCCCAACACGCCCCUCCUGCGCAGCUACGGCGAGCUGGACCAGCUCCCCCUGCCAAAGCUCCGCUCCAUCCAGAGCCAGCUGCGCACUGACCUAGACCUCAUAGACGGGGUAAUAUAUCAGCUUCAGUCAAAGAAAUGUAUAGUUUGCCAAAAGCAUGAUCGUUCCAUUGUCCUGCAGCCUUGCCAACAUUAUGUACUUUGUCAGAAAUGUGCGUCUAGUAAAAUGGAAUGUCCUUACUGUAAGACGAAAAUAUUGAAGUGGUGAUGUACAGCUAUCCAAGGUACUAUUUAAUGAUUUAGCCCUUUGAAGAACUACUAAUACAUAUUAUUAUAAUUAUUAUUAUUAUGCUUACAGUUUCUAAAUAGCAUUUUUUUGUGUUUCAGUAUUUCAUAUAGUGAUUCAAUUGAUUAGUUUUAUUAGAAUCUAAUAAGUGGUGUUUGACUGAUACAAAUCAAGUAUUUAAAUGCAAUACCUGUUUUGUACAAGCUAGGUUAUCCAUUUUCAUAAAGCAUUAAACUAUUCCCCUUGGUUGUUGCUGUUGGCAUUUAUAGACGAUUGGCCCUGAUUUGACUGUUAACAACAAGAUCAUCGGCCCGACGCCAUUAUUGCUACUAGCUGUGUGAAGAGGAUUCGUUUCUUGAUAAGCACUUUGUUGACUUGGAAAUUUGUCUGAGGGUAUUUUUUUUUUCUUUUAGAAAUUUUUGCUUUAAGCUACUUUGUAGUUUUUUUUUUUUUUGUAAUUAUUAUUAUUUUUUAUUUUCUUAGAUUUAUAUUUUUCCCAAAUAUGCUAAAGUAUGAAGCUUUUGUGUGUACUGUGAAACAUAAUAGAAUAUUUCAUUUUUCUUACUGUUAAAUCAUGGUAUAGUGUAUAUAUCUUGUUAGUUUUCAUAUAAAAUAGUACUAAAUAGUAGUUAUUACUUUCAUUGUUACUUAAAUUUUUCAAUCAAUAAGUGCAAACUUUGAAUGCAUUUUAGGCAUAACCAGCAGCUGUAAUAUCAGUAAGGCACAUACUGUAUGCUAAGGCAUUUAGUAAAUCGAUUUCUCCGUCUUAUAGUGAAUAUUUAGAUACAUUAUGUAGUUGUUAGAUAAGCACAUGUGUUCUGAAGUCCUCAGCGACACAGUAAUUUUGUUUGUUUUUUGGACUUUAGCCUUUCAGAUAUGUUAGAACAUAUAUCUGAUUCCUGGCCACUCCCUCUUAAGUGCCUUGCCUUUAAAACAUUUGAAGCAUCUGUGAAGAGUUUAGGAUUGUAGUAGAAAACCCAUAGCUUGUGCAAAUUUUUUCAAAGUGUGUAUUUUUCAGUAGUACCAGAUUAUCGGCCCAAUUCAGUAGUAAAGUAUUUCCGAGAGACUUCACCCUGGUCGGUGCCUGAGCUCUGAGGUUCAGCUGAAGAAUCGAUCCUUUUCCUUCAAUAACGAUGGUGCUUUUUGGGUGCAGCUUCAUUAUCCUUCGAAAUGUUGAAUCAUCCUUGAUUUAAAUGUGUAGGGAUACUCAAAUCAGGAAAUGUGUGUGUUUCUUUGGUUGCAAAAACUAAACUGGCUUAGUACAUUUCUGUUUAUUGAAAUGUGUAGAAUUGUAGAGCUCUGUAGAGUUUACGGACAGAAAUCAUUGGUGUUUUUCGUAUCCAAAUUCGACAGUGUAAUGUGCUUAGGUAAUCUAAUUGAAAUGACCUGCUACUGUGUUAUCUGAAACAUCUUUUUUUUUUUCUUUUCUUGUUCCUUUCAUAUUUACAGCAAUGAGUUUGUGCGGUAAAUUGUCAGGUACACAAAGGUGCAAGUUUUUCUUUUGAAAUCGGGAUUAACCGUUUACUUCAAAAGGGAUGGUUAUUGAGGAUCUAAUUGUCCAGACCCUCGUAUUUUCUUUCAGCUUCACGAGGCAAAGACAGUGUGUGUGUAUAUAAAUAUAUAAAUGAUUUCUCCUCUGCUUUCUUUCUUGCAUUCGUAUCUUAAUCCACAAUGUAGCUGAUGUUCUUGACAUUUGGACUGAUUCGUCACUGCAUGUGUCAGUGUGUAACUUUUGUUAACCAGCUGAAGCUCUAAAUCACACUGCCAAAUGUGUUUGUGUUGAGCAGACGUAUCCAGUUGUUGGUCAGGCAUCACAGUAUUUUUGUGCUGUGCUUCAAACGCAUUGACUUUGUGCUUAUCUUUUCUAGUCUGAUUAGUGAAGAUGUGUUCCUUUCCGUACGAUGGGUGACAUAGAUAGGUUGAAAUGGAUCAAAGCAGCUCGGGGUAUUGGGAUGUUUCCAACACUCAAGUGUUCAAGAGCUUUGCGGACAUGUCACUUUGUUGAGGGAUUAGUUCCAUUGUUUGGUUACUGGACCAUGACGUAGGGUUUUGUUGAACUAUAAAAUGUGGUUGAAAUAUUUGACAUUUCACACAACGUUUAUUUCUCAAAUAAAGAGUUCUGUCGAAUCAAAUGUGGACUUUACUCAAAUGAACCAAAGUGGUAUUGUAGUUUAUACUUGUUUCAACUCAACUGGUGUACAAUUACUUUGUCAGUUUUUCAAUGUUUAAUUUGACAGGACAACUAUGCCAACUGCUUUUGCUGACAAUAUUAAUGGACUGAUUGCCCAUUUUUGUAGUUUCUACCAAAGACCUUUACUAUUCUUUGUUCUCUCUUCAAUUUUCUAACUGCAUUUUCAUUUUAACAUUCUGAGGAAAUAGUUAGAAAUAUGACCAAAUCUAGUACCUUAUUUACAUAUGUACAUUCAAAAAAUCCUAAUGAAUCACAAAUCUUUAUGAACUGAAUAUAAACAUUUUGAAAACGGUAACAUAGUAUUGAAUUGGCUGUAAUCUACAGUGAAGGAAUGUCAUAGUAAUGAAUGGAUAUUUGUGUUAAUAUUCGUAAGUGGCCAUAUGGAUUAGUGCUCAUUUGAAGUAUAUAUUAUUUCUUUUUAUACUACUAGUAAUUAUUCGUAAAAUCCUGAAAUCAGUUUGUAACAUUAGUUGUUGUGCACUACAUGUAUGCUGUCAGGAAUUUAAAAGUGUACUCGGCCCGUAAGGUGCUUUCUUUAGUUUCCAUUUGACUGGCAUUUGUUUUUCUGUCUGUUUAGUUGGAAUUCUUAAGAAUUUGGAUAUGAAACAAGAAAUCCUCUAACUUAUUUUUUAUUUUAUUAUAUAUUUUUUUUAACCUUGAAGUUUAUUAUUGUAUUCUCAAAUGUUGUCAACCAUGACUGUGUAGAACAUGUUUGAUUGUGAUGUAAAAUGGGUCCCUUGUUCAUGCUAGUUGAAAUGGCUGAGACAGACAGUGGGCUACAUUUAUGAAAACUGUUCAAGUAUCUACAUUUCCUAGCCUUAAACCUCACUUUUUUAUAGUAAUAAAUAAGAAAAUAAUUAACUGUUCAAAAGAAUUAAGAAAAAAAAGAGAAAUAUUUCCAAUCAGUCAUUCUGCUUGAUAAUAUUGUUAAGUCUUGUAAGGAUCGAGCCUCUUUUGAACAAAUGUGUGCCUUUUGAUAAAAACACAUUGAAAGUAUUUUUGAUUGAACAAAUGGAUAAUUCCAUUUUAGGAAAUGAGCAGAGUUUUAGUGCCUUGGGAUAUUUUAAUCUGUAUUUCUCAAUGCACGAGAGUCCUGUCAUAGACUUUUUACAGACCAGUGUACUAAAAUAAUACCUAACUACUCUGGUUUGAGUUUGAGUAAUAAGUUUAUUCUGAUAAAGAACCAUUUAUUGAUGUUGAAAAGUCAGCAUGAUGAUGCAUGUACACAGUGUCUACUGUCAGAGGUGUUUUACAAUGGUAUUCUUUACCAAGAGUGUGUUAAAAGUAGCAGCUUAUCUGAACCGUUCAUGAAGUAUGACAAAAUUAAAGUGGAAUUGUUAUAAAAACUAGUUAUUUUUUGUUUGGGCUUCCAGCUGAUUUUCUGUCAAUUGUUUGCCUAACAGUGAUUUUCUGUACAAAAUCUUACACCCAAAAAGCCCCCUGUCUGCAUCAGCCAUUUUAAUACCAACUGUAAUCUUUAAUAAAAAUGACCAUUUAAUGUUGAUGUAAAACCAGACAUCUGUAAUUAAAGAGGCACCAAGGAAUCUUUUGUUUAGCAAUGUGUAAAUUAACGUAUUGGAAAUUUACCAUAAUGCUCUGGAGUGGAAAUAAUCAUUUCUUUCUUUCUUUUUGCAUUCUUGUGGAUUUUUCUUUUAUUCAUCAUUUGUUUGUUUUUCUUAUUUUGUUCUCUAUCAUUAGUGUGAUUUAUGGAACCUAAGGAUUUAUGCAAUCUUGUAUAUACAUAUUACAUAUGAAACUGGUUAAAUUUAGCAAACUAGCCAGGAGGAAAAUACCUAUUACAAUAGUACACUUUUGUAAGAGGAUAAAAUAAUAUUAAUAAAAGCCAGAAUUUUUGGAACCACUGUUCCCUAUAAUUAAUGUUACGGUUAAUCGAACAUUAAAUCCCUGAAUAUUGAAUGUACCAUUCAAAUUAGAUGUAAAAUGGGUCACUGGAAUACCACAGAGAAAAGUUAAUCUAUAAUGAUGUAGCACUAGUUUUGUUAAUUGCGAUACAUUAUGAAUAAAUUUAUAAGUUAAACACAAUUGCAGUUUUCAAGUUUAUGUAUUUAUCCAUGUAACAAUUUGAUGGAAAUAUGAGAUGUGUUUUUCUCAGGGUUUUACAGGAGAACUGUAGAAUAGAGAGAGGGGUCCAAUUUUCAAAGGAAACUGCAACUCACAGAUUUAUUAGCUCAAAAGUCAAAAUGAGGAAGUCAUUUAUAUUGAAUGGAAGAAACAUAUCCCUUAUUUUGGUACAGUAUGCAUCAAUAUAUAGAACAGCUUAUAUUCUAAUCAGUGUUGAAAUACUAUACAAUUUGCUGUCAAUAUAAUACUUUGUGUAUGUGUUGUCAACACAAGACCUUAAACCAUUUACUGGGAGUUAUGUGUUUAAGUUAUGGAGGCUUCUUUAUGGAAUAGUUGUACGUUUUAAUGGCGUGGAAGGCCAGAGAGGUUUUUCUUCACUAGAAUUACUUAAGAUGGUAUUAUUUAUAAUGCAUAAUCUUUCUCUUGUAGUGUAUCAUUUAAAAUUGUUAACACUUGUCUACACUACAGCAGUUAUGCAAUGGUUUACAGAAUUCAUGGAAUUAUUUUUGUCAUCUUGGGAAUUAAAUAAUUUUUGAUCUUUAA